AUGCCAUUUGAACUGGUGAUGCCGCUUUAUCUGCCGAGCGAUGACUUCCAGAACAGGAUGUCGGGGAAGUGUAAGAUGCCUCUGCGUCCGUGUCUGCACACGCGUACGGUCCCUCAAUUCAGCUUCCACCCUCCUCGGCAGCAGGAACACAGCAAGGCCAAAAAGCAGGUGUCUUUCGCCGACCACAAGGGCCUGGCCCUCACCGUGGUGAAGAUUUUCUCCGAGUUUGAUAAACCCGUCGAUGUCCCGCUCAGCAUCCAGCAGCUUUUUGCUUCGGCACUCGACAUCUCCGAGGUGGAAGACAAGCUGGCGCUGGACUUCGUGCAGCCGAGCGCAGAUUACCUGCAUUUCCGCCAGCGGCUGGAGCGAGACUCGGUCUGCCUCGAGCACUGUGUCCUGAAGGACAGGACCAUUGUGGGGAUGAUCAAGGUCAAAAACCUGUCCUAUAAAAAGGUUGUGAAGAUGCGAAUCACGUUUGACACGUGGAAGAGCCACGCUGAUUUCGACUGCCAGUAUGUCAAGGACACGUACCUGGAUUCUGGGUGGGACAUUUUCUCGUUCGAGGUGAAUUUACCAGCCCGAGUAGAGCUGCAUGAGCGCAUCGAGUUUGCUGUGUUUUACAUGGCGGACGGGAACAUGUACUGGGACAACAACCAGGGCCAGAACUAUAAAAUCACCCACGCGGCUCUAAAGAACACUAGUAUGAGUGACACGAGCAGCGGACAUCAGCACUGCAGAGACCAGAACUUUUAUUUUGACCAAUUCGGCAGCCCAAAGUGCACACACGGCAUUUACCCCGAGUGGCCAAGCUACGCCGGGUACGAGGACCUCGGGCCGUAUUACUGACUCUGCAGAGAUGUGUGAGGAACAUGAAGUGAUCUUUUACAUAAAAGGAAUAUUUUGUCCAGAAUAUUCAAUCUAUACACUUUUUUUUUUUUUUCUUCCCCCACAAAAUGUAGCCGGUCAGUGAGGGUGUGUUUCCCGUCUGUAGUUUUGCACUGGAACUAUAAUGGAAGGAAAUAACAUGAGUUUAGCACCUGAAUGCCUCUAC